UACUAGUUAAUAAGGAUACGUGCACCGACACCGGCGAUGGAGAGAGAGGGUAAGAAUUGGACGGGUAGGAAAGAAAGAGGGAGGGUAAGAUAACAAAAAUGGACAGAUACGGGCAGAACAGAGGGGAAGACGAAAGUAAUAAGGGAAAUUACCCAGAUUGACUUGACGGGCCAGAGGAAGAGGAAUGGAGAGAAUUAGGGGGGGGGGGAGAAAGGGAAGGGAGGAAGUCUUGGGCCGAGAGGGGGAGGCUUGGGUUCAGAGCCGAGCCUUGCCUAGAAAAGGCCGCUUGCACAGCCGGGCGGAAGACGGGGACAAGACUGGCCAGGAUGACAAGACGCAACAAGCUGGGAAGCCUGGGAGGCCUGGGCGCCGGCCGGGCCAAGAGCCGUGCGGGGCAAGUGGCGUGGCCGCUGGAUUGGUCAACGGUCGCCCUCUCAGAGUGGUUAGCCAGGCAGCAGUAAGAGUAGAAAGUGGACUAGAACUACGGAGUACCAAGUCCACCAUGGAGAAGCGUCCCCAAUGCUCAUUCACGGAUCGGAUCCUUCUUCAUCCUGUCGACUCGUCGAGGGCUGUCUUGACCCAUCCUCAAAAGUACCCCCUGCACGGAAAGGGUUCUCCUCAACCCUCCGGGUGACUAGUCCAUCUAGUGCACGCCAGGCUGCCAAAUAAUGCGCUGGGCUAGUUCGGGGUCCAUCCCAAUACCGUACCAUACGGAGUACACCGGACACAACAAUACAGCUCCCCUGUCUGGUCUGUCUGUCACCCACCAACCAGCAACCCCGCGCCGGAUGCUGCAUUUUGGGAAUUUUUGGCUUCCUUUGUUAGUCAUCGGAAUUUCCUCUAGUACUAACUAAUUAGGAAGGCACAAUGUCUCACCGUCGUUUUCAGGCUUCCGGCA